AUGGUGUCGCUGAAGUCGGCCAUUCUGGCCGCUACCUACGCCGUUUCGGCUGCUGCUGUCGACAUCACCGUCAAGGCCACCGGCGGCAACGCUACUAGUGGUCACCAGUAUGGAUUCCUUCACGAGGAUAUCAAUAACUCAGGUGAUGGCGGUAUCUACGCCGAGUUGGUCCGCAACCGCGCUUUCCAGUACAGCGACAGAUUCCCUGUCUCCCUAGACGGUUGGCAUUCUAUCAACGGCGCUGUGCUCACCCUGAAGAAUUUGAGCGAGCCCCUCUCCGCCGCCCUCCCCGUCUCCGUCAACGUCGCCGGCGGCAACGGCUCCGGCUCGAUCGGUCUCGAGAACGAUGGCUACUGGGGCAUGGACGUCAGACAACAGAAGUACACCGGCUCCUUCUGGGUGAAGGGUGCCUACGACGGUGUCUUCACCGCCUCCCUCAAGUCGGCUCUCAACAACGACGUCUUCGGCUCUGUCGAGAUCGAGUCCAAGUCCACAGCCGACGAAUGGGUUGAGCACGCUGUCGAGCUCACUCCCAGCAAGGAUGCUCCCAACAGCAACAACACCUUCGCCAUUACCUUUGACCCCGCGGGCGCUGCCGACGGCUCGCUGGACUUCAACCUGAUCAGCUUGUUCCCUCCCACGUACAAGGACCGCAAGAACGGUCUGCGUGUCGACAUUGCCGAGGCUCUUGCUGAGCUCCACCCUAGCCUGCUCCGCUUCCCUGGCGGAAACAUGCUCGAGGGCAUUGACAACAAGACUUACUGGGACUGGAAGGACACCCUUGGCCCUCUCAAGGAUCGUCCUGGUUUCCAGGGUGUCUGGAACUACCAGCAGACUCACGGCCUUGGUCUCAUGGAGUACCUCGAGUGGGCUGAGGACAUGGGUCUUACUGUCGUCAUCGGCGUCUGGGCCGGCCUCGCUCUCAACGGCGAUGUUACUCCCAAGGAGGAUCUCCAGCCCUUCAUUGAUGAUGCCCUGAACCAGAUUGAGUUUAUCCGCGGCCCCGUUGACUCUACCUGGGGAGCCAAGCGUGCUGAGCUCGGACACCCCGAGCCGUUCGACUUGCAGAUGGUCGAGAUCGGUAACGAGGACUGGCUUGCUGGCUACCCCGGUGGCUGGACUUCCUACAAGGAGUACCGCUUCCCCAUGUUCAUGGAGGCCAUCAAGGCCAAGUACCCCGACAUCACCGUCAUCUCCUCCGGCGCGACCACUGACGGCGAUGGCUUCGACAUUCCCGCCCCCGGCAUCGGUGACUACCACCCCUACCGCACUCCCGAUGCCCUUGUCGAGGAGUUCGACCGCUUCGACAACGAUAUUGGCCACAUUGUUGGUGAAGUCGCCGCCACCCACCCCAAUGGCGGCACCGGAUGGGACGGCGACCUGAUGCCCUUCCCCUGGUGGAUCGGCACCGUCGGCGAGGCCGUCUCUCUCAUCGGCUACGAGCGAAACGCCGACCGCGUUCCGGGAACCUUCUACGCCCCCGUCCUCCGCAACAUGAACCGCUGGCAGUGGGCCGUCACCAUUGUCCAGUUCGCCGCCGACCCCAAGUUGACCACCCGCUCCACCAGCUGGUACGUCUGGGAGAUGUUCGCCGGCCACCCUCUCUCGCACACCCUCGAGGCCUCUGCCGACUUCGGCCCCGUCUACUACGUUGCUGGCAAGAACGAGGCCAAGGGCAACUUCAUCUGGAAGGGCGCUGCCUACAACACUACCAACAGCGAGGACGUGCCCGUCACCGUCAAAUUCGAGGGUGUUGAGGCUGGCACUAAGGCGUCUCUGACUGUGUUGACCAACCCCAGCGGAGACCCGUUCGCUUACAACGACCCUCACUCUGGCGUGAACAUUGUCGACACGCAGACUCUGGUCUUGACUGCGAAUGAGGAUGGUGCGUUCAACUUCACGCUUCCCGAGUUGAGUGUUGCUGUGUUAGAUACGGAUGUUGCUGCCGAGGCCAAGAUACUGAGGGGUAUUGAGAUGCCGUUUAUCGCCUAA